AUGAAAUUGUUCAAAUUUCUAUUAGCAUUAGCAAUAGCGACUACAGCUGUUACAUGUUAUUCAAUACCAGGAGUUUCUAGUUAACAAUACAAGGAAAAUUAGGAAAUACAAGUUUAUGCAUUACAAUUAGAAUCUUUAUAAAGCAUGAUUCCAUAUGCUUUUGAAGAUUAUUAUCGCUUUUUUUAGACAUAAGAAUAAGAUUAAAGUUUAACAGAGCAGCUUUUAGGUUAGAAAAAAUUGCUACUUCCAACUAUUGAAUUCAAAUUUUUGAAGGAUCAAAAAUGCACAAAGUUCGGAGAAGGAAAAUUUAAACGCUCAGAUGUCAAAAAGUUUUAAUACUUGAUUGAUAACGCUUAUACCUAUGAUCUGAUCAUAGACAAUCUGCCUGCUAUAGUAGAAAAUUAGAAUUCAAUUCCAGUAGGAGAAAAGAUUACAAUUGGUGGCUCUUAUAGGUAUGAGAUAUACAAUCACUUCAAGUUUGUAGUUGAAUAUAAUAAUAACAAUAUUGUUGGCUUCAAUCUUACAUAAGGUGUAAGUGGAUACUUAUUAAACACUUCAAGUAAUCAGACUUUCCCUUCAUGCGGACUAGAAUCUGAAAAUCUUAUUGAAUCUAUUGAGUCUAGAGAUUAAAAUUUGGCAGAAGAUAUGCCUAUUCACUUUACAUAUGAAGUUCUUUAUGUUAAAAAUGAAUUAAAAACUUAAGCUUCAAGAUGGGACAGGUAUAAAUAAUAAGAAGGAGAAACUGUUCAUUGGAAUAACAUUCUCUGCUCUUUUGGUGUAAAUGUCUCUCUCUCAGCUCUAAUUUACUUUAUCCUCAAGCGUAUUCUUAACAAGGACUUUGCCAAUUAUGAAAAAGUUAAUCAGAGUGAUGAAGAUGAUAUGGGUUGGAAAUAGUUAAAAUCUGAUGUCUUUAGACCUCCUGGUAACCCAAUCGUUUUAGCCUCAAUGGUUGGAGUUGGCUUAUAAUUAGCAAUUAUGCUAAUUUUAACAGUUUUCUUUAUUGCUCUUUACUAUUUAGCAGAGUAAUACAGAACUGAAAAAUUCUUGGAAGCUUUAAUCAUUCUGUAUGUUAUUACUGGACUUAUUUCAGGCUACUACAGUGCAAGAUAUUACAAGAUGAUGAGUGGUGUUUAUUGGAUUAGAUCUACCUUGUUAACUUCAGUCUUACUUCCAGGAUUAGGAACACUUAUUUUCUUUGAAAUCGAAUUCAGUUAUUUGAUCGAAGAUUCCACAAAUGCUUAUGGCUUUGGAACAAUCUUUAAGUUAUUCUUUAUUUGGUUUGCUGUUUAAAUUCCUCUAACAUUCCUUGGAUCAGUUAUAGGAUUUAAAAGACCUAAAAUGGAAGGAGGCUGCACUGUCAAUCCUGUACCCUAAUUUAUUCCCCCUCAACCUAAAUUUUUGAGCAGACAUUUCUUAUGUGUUUUAGGUGGAAUUCUUCCUUUCGGAACAAUCUUGAUGGAACUAUAAUAUAUUAUGAACUCUGUUUGGACACACUCAUUCUAUCAUCUCUUCGGUUUCAUUCUUCUAGCCUUAAUUUUACUCGUUAUUACAUGCGCUGAAAUAUCUAUCCUCCUUACUUAUCUCUAAUUAAAUAAUGGUAAUCAUAAAUGGUGGUGGAAUGCAUUUUAUAGUUCUGGUUUUUGUGGGGUCUAUGUAUUUGCCUAUGGAUUCUUUUAUUGGCUUUUCUAUUUACAAAUUACUUAAGUAUCUUCAACUAUCAUGUACUUUGGUAUUAUGGGUAUGGCAAGCUUUGGUAUGUUCCUUAUUUGUGGUUCUGUUGGGUUUAUAGCUUCUUACACUUUUGUCAAAUUCAUAUAUUCUCAAAUCAAGGCUGAUUGA